AUGGAAGUCCCACCAUCAGUGACCUGCCACGUGGUGGCUAUGCCCUACCCAGGUCGAGGCCAUAUCAACCCCAUCCUUAACUUCUGUAACUUGCUUCUUUCCAACGAUCCAGGCAUCCUCGUCACCGUUGUUCUUACUGAAGAAUGGCUCGGCUUAAUCGGAUCCGAAGCCCAGACCCGUAAUCUCCGGUUCUGCACUAUACCCAAUGUUAUCCCCUCCGAGAAGGAUCGCGCCGUCAACUACCUCAGCUUUUUCGAAGCUGCCAUGACAGUGAUGGAAGCGCCGUUUGAGGCGCUUCUCCAUCGGCUUGAGCCGCCGCCUUCACUCAUCAUAUAUGACACUUUUCUCUUCUGGGUUGUUGGAGUCGGAAACCGAAGGAACAUCCCUGUCGCGUCGUUUUGGCCAAUGUCUGCCUCGUUUUACUCUGUGUUUCAACACUAUCAUCUCUUAGAACAGCAUGGCCAUUAUCCCAUCAAUGCAUUAGAAGUGGGUGAUAAACGUGUGGAUUAUUUUCCUGGAAUUUCCUCUACAUGUUUGAUGGAUUUCCCUUUGAUCGACGGAAGCUUUCACGGCCGGAGAUUAUUGCAAUGGAUCUUAAAAGGUUUCUCCUGUGUUCCCAAAGCACAAAGUUUAUUAUUCUCCACAAUUUAUGAACUUGAACCUGAAGCCAUUCAUGUGUUACAAUCUGAGCUCUCUUUACCCAUUUACCCUAUUGGCCUUUUAAUACCAUAUCCAAACCUCUCUUCUUCUUCUUCAACCUCUGAAGAAACCUACCUGCAAUGGCUGGACAAACAAGCCUCUUCUUCUGUGCUGUACAUCUCACAAGGAAGCUUCCUCUCAGUUUCAAAUGCUCAGAUUGAUGAAAUCGCAGCUGGUUUACGCCUAAGCGGUGUUCGAUUCCUUUGGGUAGAACUAAAAGAGACUCGUAGACUAAGAGAGAUUUGUGGAGAUAAGGGUUUAGUUAUAGAAUGGUGUGACCAAUUGAGAGUGUUACUGCAUGAAGCUAUCGGUGGUUUCUGGUGUCACGGUGGCUGGAACUCUUUUAAAGAAGGCGUUUUUGCCGGCGUUCCUUUCCUUACUUUUCCAAUAAUGGCGGAUAACCAUUUCAACAGCAAACUGAUAGGGGAGGAUUGGAAAGUUGGGUGGAGAGUGAAGAAAGAUUUUGAUCCUCAAAGUUUGGUAAGUAGAUACGAGAUUGCUGGGUUGGUGCAGAAGUUUAUGGCUUUGGAUGAGGAAGAAGGAAAAGAAAUGAGAAAGAGAGUCAGAGAACUUCAACGUAAGUUUCAGCUUUCAAUUGGAGAAGGUGGCUCGUCUGAAACCAAUAUCAGGGCCUUUAUAGGAGAUGUAAUAAAGAUGGGUUAG